AAGCGACGGGGGCGGUUGGGCUGUGGGGCUCGCAGGCAGCAGGGCGAGGCGCGGCGCGGCGGCCACCGGGCCCCGUACCUGGAAGCAAUUCUGACCCCAGUAAAUUGCGAUCCAUGGCUACAGUGCUAAUAUGCCGAAGAUUUCCAGGACUCAGCAGGGUGACUGCAUUUUCGACUACCACUAAGUGCAAGGCCGAGAACGGAAGCGAAAGGAAGCGGAAGAAGGAAGAGACCCCAGAAACGGCCAACACUGGAACUGAACCUACGGCUACAAUCCAGUUGCUGAAUCCUUUGGGCUAUAGAGUAUUGUACAAUCCAUCUGCCUAUGCCAAGAGCAGAGCUGUCUCCCAGCAGCAUGCAGCUAGAAACCGUGGCCAGGCUCUUGAUGGCACUUUCUCCAGCACUGGCACUGCGCAGGUUCAGAGUACGUUCAGUACCACCUCUUCUCAGGCUUUGCCAGCUAUCAAAAAUGCCCUGCCAAACCCAAAGUUCAAACCAUUCCUCAAGCAGACUGUCGCAGCGCAGCCAUCUGCAGCACAGACCAAGGAAGAGACAGAAAUGGAAAAAACAGAGAUGCAUGACUCUAAGGAGGACCCUCGCAUGUUCCAGAAAGGGAGGCCUGAGUACCAAUCUCUCAGUUACAAUAAGUUUGAACUGAUAGAGGCCCUUUCUUUAGAAGAAGGUGAUUCGAUUUUACGCAGUAUAACUCUAUGCAAGGACAGCCAGAGCCCAGAAACCAUCACAGAUUUUUUUCGGAAGCUGAGUUGUUUGCCGGUGGAACGACACGCGGUGUUGAGAUCUGACCCCAGGUUUAAUAGGCUAUGUAGCUGUGCUGUUGAAAGCAUCCGGUUGUUCAGUACGUCAGAACUCAUUGAUAUUUUAAAGGCUUUUGUUCGUUUAGUUAUUCCACCCACCCACCCAAUGCUGAAUGCAUACGAGAAAGAAUUCUGCCGGCGAGUGUGGGACAUGAACCUGGACCAGCUGCUGCUGGUGGCUGAUUGCUGGCGCUGCCUGGAGCGUAGCGUGCCUUCCUACUUGAGCAUUUUGUUCAGCUAUGCCAAUAUGCAUUGGAAGGACCUCACCUUGCCCCAAUUUGUUCAACUGGUUUAUAUCAUAGGUGAAGGGCGGAAGUCGCCCACAGACUUAAUGCAGAAGCUGGAGAGCUUGAUUUUGAAGUACUUGGAUUCCUUCACCUCGGAGGAGGUGGGUGCUAUUUGCUUAGGGCUCUUCAAGUCAAUCAGUGGUAUCUCUGACCGUGUCAUGAGAAAAAUUGGAGACAAGGUCUCCCUCCAGAUGGAAAACAUGAGCACUUACGCUUUAGUGAAUGUACUUAAAAUGCUCCGCUACAGUCGCAUAGAUCACUUACCGCUCCUGAAGCAACUUGGGAAGGUUAUUCCCCCUCGGAUUCCUAUGAUAAACAUCCAGGGCAUCAUGCACAUCGCUCUUUCCUGUUCAUCCCUACACUACUAUGAUGAAGAUAUUUUGGCUGCUGUAGCUAUGUCAUUGCCUUCCAAGGUAACUUAUUGCCGAAGCAAAGAUGCUGCCAAGUUCCUGUGGUCAUUUGGAUGCCUGGACUAUGAGCCUCCAAAUGAGGAACAGUUUUACUCCAGUCUGAUAGAGCAAAUGCAUAGAAAACUCCAUGAAUUUGAGAAGUUUCCAGAGCACCUUCUUACUGGUUUGCUUGGCCUGGCAUUUGUCCAGCGCUUCCCAGCUGAGCUGAUAGACUAUGCUUUGAGUAAUGAGUUUGUCCAGAAAACAAGAGAGAGUAAAUAUGAGCUCAGAAAGGACCUGUUCACCCUCGGCAGGAGUGUUGAAAUUGAGUGCCCAGGUUACAAAGGCAGCCGCCUUUCACCCCAGCUUUAUGAAGAGAUUACUGAGAUGGUUUUGAAUUUUGCCGAGGAGGAAAUCUAUGUCAGACCUGAAAUUGUGGAAGCUGUAUCCCUUCUUGAGAGCAUGUUAGGUGGCCCUGAGUAUGUGAAAAGCCACAUGCUUUUGCCUCACACCAGAUCAAGUGAUCUGGAGAUUCAUUUGGCCAUGGAUGGGCAUCCCAUCCCAUUCAACUUCAAAGGUGCUACUACAGAUAAAAAACUAAAAGACAUUGGUGUUAAUCUGACAGAUGACUUGCUGACUCAGCUUAUAAAAGGGAGAUCUAAUAGCCAGUCUGCCAUGGAAGUGGAAAAUGAAGCCAAGGCUCAUGGUCAGGAGAGGGCAGAAGAAGCACAGGCUCCCAGUACAGGGGGGCGCACUGCAUUUUCAGAUGGAGCUUCUGUCACAGGUGCCAGGUUGAAAGUUUGGCCUAAAUCACAGAGGUGUCUUGAAACCCCUCUUUCCCCUGUGCUGAAUCAGCAGCCUGGAGAGGUGAAACUAGCUAUUCAGGUGUCCAACCGAAACCACUAUUGCUACUGCUCCAAGCGGCUCUUGGGGCUGCACAGUUUGAAAAGAAGGCAGCUCCGGCAGCUGGGGUAUGUGGUGGUCGAGCUUCCUUUCUGGGAAUGGUUUCCUCUGCUCAAACGUACGCGUUUGGAGAAACUGAGCUACCUCCAUUACAAAGUGUUCAACCCGGCGCUGCUUAGGGGAGCUGGGUAGUACAAUCCAGGGUAGUGCUUGCUCAGCUAGAGGCUGACAGAACCGCCCAAAAACAUCUCUGUUUCUGAUUGCUGGUCUCUGAAUAUUAGUUCAGUUUUUGGCAGGGGCUUUGGCUGAGGCUGCCCUGGUGUGUUAGCCAGUUUUGUUCUGCUUUGCUCACAGUUGUAUGCCUCGUGCUGUCCCUUAUUACAUAGAUCCUCUAAUGCUUCCAUUAUAAAUAAAACCUAUUGUCGUAUUUA